AUGGCGACGGCGCGCGACCGACCGGCGGGACGCGAAGGCGACGGCGAAGGCGACGGCGACGGCGACGACGCCGCGCAGAAGAGGACGAAGAAUCGCGAUCGACACGCGGUGCACGAGCUGGCGGGGUAUAAGAUCGAGGGCGUCUCCGUGGGCGGACGCGAGACGUCGGUGGUGCUGCCGGCGCUGGGGGUGGCGUUCGAUUCGGGGCGAUGCCCGCAGCGGUGCGUGUACGCGGACGUGAUGUGCCUGAGUCACACGCACAUGGAUCACGUCGGAGGGUGUGGGAUGUACAUCGCGACGCGCGGGUUGUUGAGCCUGACGCCGCCGACGGUGCUGCUGCCGAGCGCGCGGAGAGAGGCGUUCGGGACGUUUAUAGAAUCGCUGCGAGCGUUGGACGAUAGCGAGUUGAAUCAUCGCGCGAUCGGGAUCGACCCGGGGGAGCGGUACGCGAUGAAUAAGUUGUUUGAAAUCGCAGCUUUUAGAACGAGGCAUCCGGUGCCGAGUCAAGGGUACGUCGUGUACGGCACGAAGCAAAAGUUGAAGCCCGCGUACGCGGGGUUGAGCGGACCGGAAAUUAAGCGGUUGCGCGACGACGGCGAACAAGUGACGGAUAAAGUCGAAGUCCCAGAGGUGGCGUUCACUGGAGACACGACCGGGGACUGGAUCGACGACCCCGCGAACGCGGACGCGCUCCGGGCGAAACUUCUCAUCAUGGAGUGCACGUUCAUCGACGACGCGGUGAGCAAGCACGACGCGGAGCGAUUCGGGCACACGCACAUCGACGAUAUCGUCGCACGCGCGGAUAAGUUCCAGAACGAAGCUAUUUUAUUGAUUCAUUUCAGCGCGCGGUACAAGGCGGAGGAGGUGCGCGCCGCGCUCAAGGCGAAAUUGCCGCGCGCUUUGUACGAAAAAUGCACGCCCAUGCUUGUCGGGUUCGAUUGAGCUGCGCGGUACAUCGGAGCGUCCGAACUGUUGUUACAAAAAUAUUACAUGGCGGGAGUGCGUUUGUAGUGCGUUUAAUGA